AUUACAGAUUUGUCACUCUCCAAGUACCUGAUGGCUUCUUCAGUUGGGCUGCUUCCUACUCAGCUCCUGAACUCAUACUUGGGGACCACCUUGCGCACCAUGGAGGAUGUGAUUGCAGAGCAAAGUGUUAGUGGCUACUUUAUAUUCAGUGUGCAGAUUGUCAUAAGCAUAGGACUCAUGUUUUAUGUCGUCCACCGAGCUCAAGUGGAACUGAAUGCAGCUAUUGUAGCCUGUGAAAUGGAAAUGAAGACAUCCCUGGUUAAGGACAGCCAGCCAAGCAUCAGUGGCUCAGCCACAUACUGCAACAAAAGGACGGUGGCGUUCUCUGGAGGGGGUGUCAAUAUUGUGUGA